ACAGUCUCGGGCGUAGCACAUUUUAACAUAAUUAUGCAUUUUUUACGAUACGCUUGCGUCGAAUUAGUGGCGCGUAAAUAUUUACAAACAAAAAUGGCAACUGUGAGGUUAUCAUCAAGUUAUUUAUCUUGUUUAAAGUGGAAUAAACAAUUAAAUAAGAUUAAUUCAAUUUGUAGAAUAAAAUUAUUGUCUUCAUACUCCAAUAACAAUAAAUUAAAUAAUAUACAACCAAGAUUUUUGAGACGAGAACUGUCAAAUAAGUUUUUAUUGCCUCAUAACCUCGAUUGGUGGGUGACUAAACGGUGGAAAUCUAAAAAACAAAAACUUUCAAAUCAGCAAAAUCUAGAUGACAGUGACGAUGAAAAGGAAGUUGAUGAUGAAAUAGAUUCUAUAGUAGCUGGUAAUAAAAAUAAUAAAGUAAUAACAACUCAUGUAAGUUCAAUGAGGAUUGAUGCUGUUGUUAAGGCUGGAAUGGGUAUAGCUCGAAAUAAAGCCGAAACUGCAUUGUAUGAAAGUAGAUUACGUGUCAAUGGUAAGAAAGUACUCAAAAAAGGAUUACAGAUUGGACUUGAGGACGAAAUAGAUUAUAUUCAGGGUCCAAGUCCGAAAAACCCAAAUUUUUUAGUUGUUACUCGUUUAACUGUGUUAGAUGCGAGUGAUCACCCGGAAGGAUAUAAACUUAAAUUAUUGCGUGAAAAAUCACUGACGAUUGAAAAUUAUGAUGAUUCUUGGAAACCUUCCGAAAAUUCUAAAUCA